UGCCGGUGAGCCAACAGGAUGCGCACGCAUGAUGACCACUUGUGUAUAAUCGCUGGAGCACCGCUUUAAAGAAAGAAGAAAGAGGGGAAAAAAACAACCCACGAUGAUUUUAACAACUUUUGCAAUCCUCUUGUCAUUUCCCGACUUGGCGUCCACCUUGAAGGGGGUCGACGCCAGGGGAGGCGCCGGCGCGCGUUUGGACUGCGUCAAGGCCAGCGAGCAAUGCCUGAAGGAGGCCACCUGCAGCACCAAGUACCGAACCAUGAGGCAGUGCGUGGCGGGCAGGCAGAGCGGCGCGAGUGCCGUGACGGCUCCGGAGGCGCAGGGCGAGUGCCGCAGCGCCAUGGAGGCCAUGAAGCAGAACCCGCUCAACCGCUGCAGGUGCAGGAGGGGCAUGAAGAAGGAGAAGAACUGCCUGCGCAUCUUUUGGAGCAUUUAUCAGAGUUUACAGGGUAACGAUUUACUUGAAUAUUCCCCGUACGAGCCAGUCAACAGCCGCCUUUCGGAUAUCUUUCGCUUGGCUCCCAUCAUUGCAGCCGAGCCGGCGUCGGCCAAGGAGAACAACUGCCUGAACGCGGCCAAGGCGUGCAACCUCAACGACACGUGCAAGAAGUACCGCUCGGCCUACAUCAACCCGUGCACCACCCGGGUGUCGGCCUCCGAGGUGUGCAACAAGCGCAAAUGUCACAAGGCCCUGAGACACUUCUUCGACAAGGUCCCGACCAAAUACAGCUACGGGAUGCUCUUCUGCUCGUGUCCGGCCGGCGACCAGACGGCGUGCGCCGAGCGCCGCCGCCAGACCAUCGUGCCGGCGUGCUCGUACGAGGACAAAGACAAAGCCAACUGCUUGUCUCUGCAGAACGCCUGCAAGACCAACUACAUCUGCAAGUCUCGGCUGGCGGAUUUUAUGAGCAGCUGUCAGCCGGAAGCUCGCUCCGUAUCGGGCUGCCUGCGAGAGAACUACGCCGACUGUCUGCUCGCCUAUUCCGGCCUCAUCGGUACGGUCAUCACGCCCAACUACGAGCGGUCGGUGGGCAUUAGCCUGUCGCCGUGGUGCGACUGCAGCAGCAGCGGCAACAACAAGCCCGAGUGCGACAAGUUUGUGGAGUUCUUCACCAACAACCGUUGUCUCCGGAACGCCAUCCAGGCGUUUGGAAACGGCACCGACGUGGGGGUGUGGCAGCCUCAGCCCCCCGUCGAGCCGACGCCGGCGUUGCCUAGCGCCGCGCGGCGAGGGAAAGACGCGAGCGACGGCGACGCAGCAGACGCGCUCGCCGGCCCGAGCAAACUGGACCUGGACAACGACCUGUCGUACCACAUUUGCGGGACCUUGCAGGCCCAAAAACUGGUGUCCAAUCGCACGGAUGAUGCCACAUUGUGCGCGGCGGGCGACUCAAACGCCAUCACAAGAAACUCACCGGCCGAACUCGUCCGUCCACGUGCGUGGAGUCUGCUCCUGGCUCUGGCCUUGGCUUUCUCACUGACGACGACGAUGGAGUCCCGACCUUGUAAAGCCUGAAGGAGCAAGGAGCAAGUCAGGAAUGGAACAUCAACAAGGGAUAUUUACAGACUCGUUUCGGACCUUAAACAGACGCCCGGCGUGAAGAAACGUGGAUCAUUUUCAAAUCUCUAUGUGCUGUAGUUUGUCCCGUCAAUUGAAACUGCAAUCGCUCAAGAAGACAAGUCGAGUUCUGCUGUCCAACAAAGUUCUCCCUCUCUGAGGGCCGCAAAUGGGUCAGGUAUUAGGUCAUCAAAACAGUUUGUGGGUUGAAAAAGAAUAUUUUGUAAAUAUCAAAACAUGUCUGCGAUGAGGAUUGUUGUAGUGUCUUCAAAGGCAGCAAAUAUUUAUUAAAAUAAAUAAAUAAAUAAAUAUUUUUUUCGUCAUGCAGUCUCCAUUUGGUAUUUGGUAAGGCCAGAAAUUUUCCAUGCAUGCAAAUAAAUACAAUUAUAUAUAUAACGGAAAUAAGCGGCCUGUUGUAAAAAACCAAAACAGUAAUAAAAAUAUUUCAUUUUAAUAAUGAAACAUCCCAAAACACUCCAAGACAUCAUAGGAAAAAUAACAAUACUGUAUUUCAUGACAAUGUACAAAAUGCACUUCAAUGUACAACCCAGACUCUGAAUGAUAAUUAUGUCAAUAAUAAACCUUGUUUUUGCAAA